AAUUCGUAGAACCAUACAUUAAUUCCCUCACCCCCAAGAUUUUUCUUUCGUACAAGAAACAACCACCAGACUGCGAUCUCCAUUAUUUGAGUACUACUACUUUGCAUAAAGGGUUCAACAAUUCGUGCGUGCACAGUGCCAAAUCGUGAUCACAUGAACUUAAUCUUAAUCUGUUAGCUAGCUUCAAAUGCGUUAUUGGGUCUCACAAAAAGGAGCUAGCUAGGAAGUGAAUACUACUAUUAUUUACCUGCCACACACACAGAAACAACAUAGAUCUAGAAGCAAAGGCAAAGAAGGAUUUCAAGCUCAAUUGUUUAGCUUAAUUAAUUUCCUUCAAGCAAAUGAUGAUUCAGAAGAUGUUUGACUCCACCCGUUCUGGUAUGACAAGAAGCUCCUCCCAUGUAGCCUCCAUUAAUGACAAUGAUUUCCUUGAGCUGGUGUGGGAAAAUGGUGAGAUUGUUGUACGAGGAGGUUCAUCAUCAAACAGAUCACGAAAGACAAACGAGGAAAGAAUACAUGAAGAUGCCAGCAUUAACAAAAGAACUAGGUUAAACCCAUUAUACUCACUUGAAGAUCACUUUCUACCACAAAGGGACUCUGACAUGAGCUCUUCACACCAAAGCAAUAAUGGCCAAGAUUCGUGUCAAUCCUCCGAAAGCAAGAAUUCCUGCAAGCUUCAUGAAGAAUUUGCAAACUUACUUAAGCCCGUUACCACAGGCAAUAGUCACUUACAACAGUGCUUACCUUCAUCUCCGCUCAAGAAACAAAGAACAGAUUCAACCCAAACACCAAGACCAGCAAAAGUGAACUUCUCCAACUUUUCAAUACCUGCAGUGUUUCUCAAAUCUACUACUACUACUACUACUAAUAAUUAUCAGGGAAACAGUGCAACUCAACAGACAAAAAAUCAUUCAUCUCCAGCAAGAGUGGAGGAGAUUGAAGCGCUCAAGGUUGACAAAUCAGCGAAAGAAACACAGUGUUUUCAGAAGCAAACAUCAUUAACUGUUGAAAGAAGCACAAAAUUACCAACCCCAGCGGUUGAUGAACACUCUGAAGCUGCUGGUCAUAACUGUGGUGUUCUUGGAAUUCACAGAUCCCAAGGUCAAACCUCAACCUCAGAAGCACUUAGAGCCAAAGCAAAAGCUUAUAAUAAUAAUAAUAUUAACAUGUGUCAUGAACCGUUGCUAGCAUCUUCUUCUGUGUGCUCUCUUGGAGCCUCCAACGACCCAAACCUUGGUUUCAGGAAACAUGAGGACACUGAUGACUCAACGUAUUUAAGUGAUAAUGAUGGAGAGCCUGAAGAUAUGGUAAAGCAAGAUAGGGAGGGUAACAGAGUCAAGAGAAGCAGGAACCCUGAGGUUCAUAACUUAUCUGAGAAGAAGCGAAGAGAAAAAAUCAACAAGAAGAUGCGUACAUUGAAAGACCUCAUUCCCAACUGUAAUAAGGUGGACAAAGCAUCAAUGCUAGACGAUGCCAUCGACUAUCUGAAGACCCUAAAGCUUCAGUUACAGGCAAAUUUUCAGAUAAUGUCAAUGGGAAGUGGGUUAUGGCCACUCAUGAUGGGAUUCAGGCCACCACAGCUACCUAUUCCACCACUUUCUGCUAUCACAGACAGCAGACUUAUUCAGAUGUUUGGUUCCCCAAACCAAAUACCACCCAUGCCAAUGCCUCAUGCACCUUUCUUCCCUAUCAUUGGAAAUUCUGCCACACAAUCACACUUGGCUAAUAACACCACCACCACAGCUGCAGCUACCACCAACUUGGCAGAACAUUUAGCUAAUUCUCUACAUGGAAAUGCAACAAAGCUAGCGCCACCAAGUCAGAUUUCCUUUCAACACCACCACACCUCUACUAGUACUCCUACACUAGCUACCCCUUUCAUUUUUCCACAAAAAUAGAUAAAAAUGUAUAUGAAGGGAAAACUAUUCAUGUAACAAAAUUAGAUUAGAGAUGUUAAUUAAAGACGAGUGUAAAGUUGGUUUACCCUUUCCAUAAAGAUGGCAUAUAUUUUCUGAUAAUAGAAUAUAUCAGCUUUAGAAUCUGACA